CACACGCCGACGCAGCGUAAAUGCGCCAACCCGAUUGUGAAUGAAUGGGAGCUCUGGAGCUGUCAGGUGCUUUUUGACAACGAAUAAGACGAACUUUUAUCUUUACUCUAUGUAGGCUAUUUCUUGGUCGUCCUGUUUUGUAUCCUAACGCAGCCUGACAUUUCCUCGUCAGAACGAAAGCAAAAGUUUGGAAUGACGCAGCAAUUUUUGUUCAAGCUGUGACUUGUGACUCUGAUUUAUAAUACAGAUGGACGACACUUUGACACAGCGAUGAGGUGGAAAACUAUCAUAUGUAUUGGAGUUAUUGUUUUUAUUGUUUUUAAUGUUUUUAAUUUUGUUCUGGUCAUCAUGGCAGCCACCACAGUAUCAAAGGCAGAGCAAAGAGAGCGAAGAGAGGGGCACGAAAAUGUUCAAUUAAUUUGCCGAGAGAGCCUGGACGCAGCGGUCGGAGACAACGUCACUUUGGACUUCCACCUCGAGCCUGGAUCCGAUGCGACAAAGUGGACAGCCUUUGUUUUUGAAUGCAAAUACAAUUCCAGCAAUGUUCUGGUUUACAAAAGUAGAGAUUUUUCUAAAGAAGAUCAGGCAAACCGAUUCCGUGGCAGAGUAUCUCCUGACAGCAGCUGGGAACUAAGAGAAGGGAAACUAGCGUGGAAAAUCUCCCAAUUUCAAGAAAGUGACGCGGGAACAUACAGAUGCAUUGUUCGAAAUAGAACUCACCAACUCCCCUGCUCUACUGAACUGAAGAUCAAACAGUUCCAUCCACAUGAACUCAAUACAUCAGAUGGUUACCAUCGACAUGAUACCAGCUCUUCAAUACCUGAAAAGCCCACAGAUGGUAACAACACUGGCUCUACCAACACUUUGUCUGGCGGGGCCAUCACCGGCAUAGUCACAGCUGGCAUCAUCAGCAUCAUCAUCAUCGCUGGGGUGAUCUGUAAGUAAUACAUUUUUCAGCUU